AUGACCAACAAACCCGGGGAACAGUCCACAAGCUCACAAGUGGCAAAGCCUCCACCACCAUACACCGCAUCACCAAGUCAACCAACCACCCAACCCAACUACCCCAUAAUCCAACCAUACCCCAUCCAACAACAACCCAUCUACGUCCGCUCAGGCGAAAGACCAUGCACCCGCUUCUGCCGCGCCUUUUUCGUAGCGGUCGUCAUCUGGCUGUUAUCAGGCAUCUUCAUCCGCAGUUUUCUCUCCCUCGUUCACUGGCGGCCCCACCAUCACCACAGGCCAGGGAGCUACGCCGUCCCUUCAGACCUAACACUCUCCGCGUGUGUGACAGGCUUCGCAUGGUCCCUCGAACCGUUCUCGCCUACCUCGUACGCGGCCCAAUACCCACCUGGCCACUCCUUCCUACCCCCCAGCGCGUUCCCGUAUUCGUCCCAAAGGACGUUUGAGUUGCCAUUAAACAACCAACGAGGGGAAGGAAAUAUUUUUUUGCUGUCGAGGGGCCCGAUGUCGAGUGGGACGUUGGAUGUUGUUGUUGAUCCUGAGCAGAAGAAGGGUGUGGCGAGUGUUAGAGUCACUGUAAGGUAUUUUAGGGAAGAUGUUAGGGAUGGGGCGAAGGCGUGUUUGGUUGAACGGGAGGGGGGUGUUAGUGGUGUUGGCGUUUUUACCCCCGAGUGGUGGUAUACUGGCCCUGGAGUCGACAAGCAACUAUACAUGGAGAUAACCAUCGUUCUGCCCUCUGAUUCUGCUGACGAAUCCACACCGCUGUACAUCAAGAGGUUCGAGACGGACUUGCCGAAUACACUUCAUCGCUUGGGAGACCUUGCCAAGACAAUUUCGUUUGGGAGUAUUACGCUUCAGGGGACGAAUGCGGCUAUUCAAGUCGAGUCGGUACGUAUGGAUCAAGGAAGUUUCGUAACGAAGAACGGGGGUAUACAAGGGACGUUCAACGCUUCGACGAGUCUUGAACUCAAGACUUCUAAUGCACCCAUAAGGGUUGACGUUGGGCUGCAUAGUGGUGGUGGUACCGGUGACACCCCUUUCGAGAUGUCCACUUCAAAUGGACCAAUAGACGCAUCCAUCCAUCUCAUCCCCUCCACCUCCCCUUCCCCACCACACUACAAAAUCCAAGCCCACACCUCAAACAGCCGUCUAAACCUCAAAUUCCCCCCCUUGUCUCUCCCUCCCCCCUUCUCCCCGAUCUUAUCACUAAGCGCACGAACAUCCAACGCACCAGCUACCGUAUCGCUCUACCCAACCUACGAAGGUCGCUUUUCUCUCCAAACGACGAAUCAUGGUGUAGAGGUACAUGAGAAUAAACAGGGGGGGAGGAGCAAGAGGAGGGUUGUUAUGCAACGGCCAGGGAGGGGGGCGGGGAGGGGGAGGGUUGAGGGUUUCGUUGAGUUGGUUGGUGUUGGCCAUGAGGAAGAGGGGGGGAAGAAAGGGGGAAGGGUGGAUGUGAGGUCGCAGAAUGCGCUUGUGCUUUUGGAGCUGUGA